UAUAAAUCCAAUCAAUCCAUAAGAAUUAUACAUUGUCAAUACAUUUACUUGUUUUGCAACUUAUAUGCUCUAGAAUAUAUUUCCGUUACAUACGCAUGGUUUCUUCUAGUUUAUACACCUCAAUUCUUGUAGAGAAAUUAUCUAGCUCCUUGUGAGCGCAUCUCUGGCGCAAACAUGUGGUUGCCAUUUGCUUUGUUGUUUUUGUGUAUGCUGCAGUUGGCUGUUUGUGCUGAGGACUUUUACCAAGUAUGUAUUCUCUCUGUGUAGCUUCUGAAGUUUAUAGUUGCAGUGGAAUUGAGGGUUCGAAGAAUCAAUGCUAAUUCUGUAGCUGCUUGGUAUAGACAAACAAGCUUCAGAAAGAGAUAUCAAGCGCGCAUAUAGGCUUUUGAGCAAGAAAUACCACCCCGAUAAGAAUCCGUAUGUUUUAUCUACCCCUACCAUCACUACAUCUACUAACCUAUAUUCUAGAGGUGAUGAAACUGCCAAGCAAAAGUUUGUGGAAGUCGCCGAAGCCUACGAAGCUCUGUCAGUUGCAGAAACUCGCAAAAUCUACGAUCAAUAUGGACACGAAGGAUUGAAACAGAGACAACAAGGAGGAGGAGGAGGACAUCAUGACCCAUUCGACCUCUUCUCACGAUUCUUUGGCGGAGGAGGACAUUUCGGACAACAUGGACAACGAAGAGGACCAGAUAUGGAAGUACGAGUAGGAAUACCCCUUCGCGAUUUCUACAAUGGACAUACCACCGAAUUUCAACUCGAGAAACAAAUGAUUUGUGAGGAAUGUGAAGGUUCAGGUUCUGCCGAUGGUCAAGUCGAUACUUGUAAUGCAUGCCAUGGCCACGGAGUCCAAGUCAAGAAACAUCAACUCGCGCCAGGAAUCUUCCAACAAGUUCAAGUAAAAUGCGAUCACUGUGAUGGAAAAGGGAAAACCAUUAAACACAAAUGUCCAGUUUGUUCAGGGUCCCGUGUCAUCCGCAAAGUACAAACCCAUCAACUAGUAAUCGAGCGCGGAGCCCCCAAGGGUCAAACGAUAAACUACGAAAACGAAGCCGAUGAAUCUCCCGACUGGGUUGCUGGAGAUCUGCACGUCACAUUGGUAGAAAAAGAAGCGAAUCUCGAAGAGGACAAUGAGCUGAAAGUCGAUGGAACGUUUUUCCGUCGCAAAGGCGAUAACUUGCAUUGGCGAGAAAUCCUUUCUUUAAGAGAAGCAUGGAUGGGAGCUUGGACUCGUAAUCUCACACAUCUCGACGGUCAUAUCGUACAAUUGUCCCGCGAACGCGGUCAAGCGGUUCAACCGGGACAUGUUGAACAUGUUAAAGGAGAAGGAAUGCCAAAAUGGCACGAAGAUGGCGAUAGCGUGUAUCACAAAACGGAAUUUGGUGAUUUGGUAGUGGAGUAUACGGUCGUAUUACCGGAUCGGAUGGAGAAGGGAAUGGAGAAGGAUUUUUGGGCAUUGUGGGAGAAAUGGAGGAAGAAGAAUGGAGUAGAUUUACAGAAGGAUAGUGGAAGACCUGAGACGCCCGGUGCGGCGACGGGGAAGGAUGAAUUGUGAUGAGUGGUUGAGGAAGGGAAGUGUGGGGGUCGGAGUGUUGGAGUUGAUGGGUAUUACUCAAUGGAUUAAUUGUUGGGAGGCGAGAUGUAUAGAUUAGAUGGAAUGGAAUGCAAAUUUGUAUUGAUAUGAAUAACGAAGAUACAUAAGCGAAAUUUAGAAGGUUU